AUUAGGACCUUAACCACCUCCACCUCGCCCUUGACAUCGGCUGAAGUUUUCAGCUCUGGAGCGUAUUGCUGCUGUUGAAAGCUGCUAGAAACAGUGAUUAUUACUUUAGUGGUUCGAGAGAAGUAGGGUGUGCUCAUGCACGAGCCAGAUUCACCAAAUAACGUGCCGUACCAGGCUUACAAGCCUAAGAGACAUUCUCGGAAUGUAUCUCUCACGAACUCACGGCCUUCGAGCUUUAUUAGCGAAAAGCAACAGGCUCCUGUCCUUCUGGUCCAACCUUCACAGUUUUCUACCACGCCUUCCUGGGCACCAGCGACAAUGACAGAACCGCCCCAAUCUAACAAGGACGCGGCAAACGGGCUGUCCGUAGAAAGUUUUUCAGAACCGAAAGUAGAGCCAAAACCUCUUGAGCUAGAAGCGAUUGUGCACCCUGAACCACCCGUAGCGUCCAGCUCUACAGUACCACCUUCGCCAAGCGUGGAAGGAUUACGUACGCCUCGGAAGUCCUCUACCUUUAGGCGUGUCGUCCCUCGGAAGAAUCAACCGCAAACUCCAACGAAAAAUUCGACUCUACCUGCGCGCCAGAAUGUCCCAGCUAGCUCGUCGCCACUUUCACGAACAGCCAAUGCAACCGCUAUAGAUGAUCGACCCUUACCACAGGGUACUACAGCAAAUUCAGAAAUACAUGAACUUGUGAUGCCAAAACCCAUCCAACUAGCUCCUCCUCCCAGAACAUCCUCACUCGUGGCUUCAACUUUGACGAAUGGCGUUACGUCGAUUAUAUCGUCGCCGCCUAUAACGGUGACUUCUUCGAAUGUGUCCUCACAGCCCUCUUCACCAACCAGGUUAUCACCAUCACCCUCUGUACCAGUCAAGGUGAAAUCAGCACUCAAACGAGCGCCCUAUCGGCCGGGUUUUCAACCUCAUGGCUCUUAUCGACCCCGGACAGACGAGUUUCUUGCUAUGCGGCGUGUUGCGAGACACGGUACGGAAAAUGACGGGCAGAAAAGGGUGGAGAGGACAAAGCUUGAAAGACGACUGGAAAAGCUCAUUUCUCUCCAUUUCCCCGAAGCCACGGACGCGAAGCCCGUUGUACUAGAACGCAGAUUAUCUUCUAUCUUUGACGUGAGCUUGGACGACAUAAAGAGUGCGGGUGGAAGCGCUUUAUGGAAAGGCGUUGUCGGUGGUCAUAUGAAGAACGACCUCAGAGCCUCUGAGCAACGUAUAACACCGUGGCAAGAAGAUUCGGAAGUGAAUAGAUGUCCUAUUUGCAGCUCUUCAUUUCACCCUCUAUCCAAUCGCAAGCACCAUUGUCGGCUGUGUGGAAAGAUCAUAUGUAACCUACCUGUCAAACACCCCAUACGAGCAGCUCAGUGUUCUACACUGUUUGUUGUUGACCCAAAGACGAGAAGGAUAGAGGAAGUCGGAGAGGGCGUGGACUACGGUGUCAGGAAGAGAGCAUCCUCUCACGAGAAGAGGAAGGACACAAGGGAAGAGGAAGAAGAAAAGUUUCUGAAGGGUGUGAGAAUAUGUAGAGACUGUCGUCCCAUUCUUCUACGACAACAAUAUAUUCGGGAGACGGUAGUAGUCCCGACUUUCGUGCGAUUAUACGAUGCCUUUAUCGCUCUAGAGAAAGAGAUUGAAGCUUCGUUGCCUCAUUUCCAAGAAAUGGUGCUGAGCCUCGGGCAAGAUUCCAGUCCACAAACAGUCACUAAAGAAGCAACCGCCACACGCAAACGGCUCCUUGACGCCUUUGCGCAAUACGAUGCCUUGGCCAAGCGAAUAAGAAUGCUACCAGGUAACGAUGGAAGUAUCGUUAAACAGGGAAGCUCGCAGGACAGGGUACAAAUGGCUAUCACAACGAGGGCGAGUAUCUUCUUGCAAAAGAAUAUGUUCCCGUUGCAGUCGUUACCGAAACGUUCUACAUCCACAUCAAACACUCCGGGAUCCACCUCUCCAACUCCAGAGGGGGCAAAUACUCUCCCUCUUGACAUCGAUUCUCAGUUGGCUCAUGUCCUCCAGCCACUACUGGAGCAAGAGGCGCUCUUGGAAACAUUCGUAGAGGAAGCUACGGCACAGAGAAAGUUCGAGGACGCGAAGUCUUUAAGAGCGAAUUUGAAAGAAAUCAGAGAGGAGAUUGAUAGGGUUUUGAAGGCUGCGGAUACUAAAUCGAGUAGAGGGAAGUGAGACCGGGGAUGAUCCUGGUAGCUAUUUCAUGGGAUUUAUGUACCUUUCUCUUCUGACAUGCUAUGCUCUGCAAUUGACCUUGCUAUCUGCUACACUUUUCAGGACCACGGCAGCAAGCCUCCUUUGUCACUCACCGCCUAUAUGACACUGGACAUGUGCACAGGAGCCUGUGUAAAUGUGUAUAAAAUUGAUUAUAAGGUUCAGGGAUUCAUACUAUCCGUGCUUUUUUGCCUCUGGAAAUACUCUCCGUAUUCGAAAAUCUCCCUAGAUUGGGUCUGUAUGCCUACGGUCUGGCUUGCCGUUCAUGGACGUACGCGUCUUCGACUCGUUGUUGCAGGUCGAUCACCCUUUCGAUUACGCUUAUUAUCUCGGAAAAUAUUCAAAGCACGCCUCGCGGGAAGAUGGGACAAAACAGUCGAUAGCUUUGGAGGAGCCAUGGAGUUUUCCGUGUGGUGGACUCCGUCCACAGGGUGAAGGAUUCGAAGCUCCUUGAAUCUCUUGAUCAUUCGAAUGCGACUUGAGAGCCACGUCUGCGGUUCGUAAACCGAUGCACUCAGUUCACUACACAGGCUCAGAUUAGACCUCACGAGUGGGAGCUGUGGCUUUAAUUUGUCUUAUUCCCGGUGAGCUUUCCCCCCCCUUCUGUGUUCCGAUCCCCUCACAGUCACGGGGGGUCCGCCGUGUCUAAUAACAGCCGAUGUUUCCACCAACCUUAUAUAAUGCCCGAGUCCGUCCCUUCGAGAAACAGAAUCGCUGUUGUUUGGUCACUCUCAUGCCAUUUCUAGCCGGAAUUCCACGACCUUCCGAACCAGAGUCGUUCCGCCCCCUCAAGAUCCUUACGAUCCUCUCUUUAAGCGACAUGAUCUUAGAUUUGGACCACAUUCUUUAGAGAUCUCUUUUUGCCUUCAUCGCAAAACCUGUCUACCACUUCUCUGUUCCGUUCGGAUGUGUCUCUGAAUUUCUUGGAGCCCUGGUAUGCCGAGCCAGAUACACACUUAAUUUCUGCGACUUCGUUGCGGAUGGAAAUCCUACUGUUGGAGGCGCGUUUACCGAAGUGGCGUCAUUGCCCUAUGUUUACAUCCUGGACCCUCCUUACAUCCUCC